GCCGUUCGUUCUGUUGGAGAUUAGCGCAAUCGCAUGAUCGGUGGCUUGGGCGAUAGAUACCCUUACUGUCCUUCAAGAUUCCCAAACUCGACCAAUUUCCUUCUGUUUCCAAGCCUCCUCGCCUCUCUUCUCCUCUCUCCCUUCUUCUUCCACGGAUGGGUGAAAUGGACGUUGAUGGCGAGACCGAGGUUGCCGGAGCGCCGCGUGAGAGGUGCCAGAUGCCGCCACCGGAGGAGGACCCUCACCUUCCGCCGGAGUCAUUCCAGGUACCCAUCGGCGGCGACGGGAUCGACUGGACUGACCUCAACGCUGUCUUCGAUCGCGACGACUCCACCAAGGGCAGCACCAACCCCAAGUCGGCCAACGCCAAUCCUAAGUCGAGAUCCAUCUCGGAGCGCUCGUCCGCGGGCCUCAAGGCGAAGCCCGCGGUGCUCGGCCUGCCGAGCGCGAUCGGGACCCCCGGAUUCACCGGACGGGCCUCGAGACGGCAGCGACCGCCCUCCGGUCGGAUAUUCCCGAAGAAGGGCGCUCGGUCGGGCCGGGAGUCGGCGGCGGAUCCGGGCUCGCCGAAGGUGUCGUGCUUCGGGAAGGUCCUCUCGGACAGGGAGAGGAGAAAGCAGGGGAGGAGCUGGCGCUGGGCGAGCUGCUUCGAGGCGAUGUGCCGGUUGGGAGACGAGCGGAGGAGGGGAUCGCCCCCGUCGGCGGCGAAUGCGGGCGUGGCGUUCUUGCCGGUGGAGGCGGGGUUGGGAGCGAUGAGGAGGUUCGCCUCGGGGCGGAGGUCGGCGACAUGGGGAGAGGAAGAGGCGGAGGAGGGGCAAAUGAGGCAUCGCCAUCUGAAGAGGGCGGUGGCAGAAGUGGAGCACAACGGGAGUGGGGUUGAGUGAGUGUGGGUGUCUGUUGCUUUUCCUAAAAGAAUAGCUUGGUGAGCCCGUUAUGGGAUUGAGGAUGUACGAGAAAGGAUUGUUUUCUCGAUUUGUCAUUUAAACAGUAUAUAUAUAUAUAUAUAUUGUUAACUUAA